GAAACCUAGGUAAGAAAGACCAGGUCGCGUCCUCCCUUAAUUUGUUCUUACCUGUUGCCAACAACCCUCUCCUCUUUUUCUCUCACGCAUCCGGGGAAACAAAGCGAUGGAGAUGGAGAACAGUACUGAUCAGACCCAAACCGCUCUCCUCAAGAGGGAAAGCGUGAACAAGGUGAAACAUGAUGGUCACGGUGACGGCGGGAAAUACUCGGGUGCAAAGAGAAGGAAGGAAGAGACGUCGACGUCUACGGUCGUGUUGUCGAUGAUACGUCUCGACAAAGCUUAUGCUUCGAGGUUGACGGCGAGGGACGUGGUGCUCAUAGCGAAGAACCACCCGCUGCCUUCGCUGCUGAUCGUAUCGCUGCUCUUCUUCAUGGGCGUCGAGUACACGUUGAAGAUGGUGCCUUCGUCGUCUCCGCCUUUCGAUGUGGGGUUCCUCGUCACUGAAUACCUUCAUGCUGUUGUGGCUGCAAGGCCCACCCUCAACUCAGUACUUGCUGCUUGUAACACUGUAUUCGUGGGAUCGCAAAUGGCCUACAUAUUUUGGACCUUGCUUGUGGAAGGCAGGCCAAGAUCCACGAUUGCCGCCUUGUUCAUGUUCACUUGCAGAGGGAUACUUGGCUACUCAACUCAGCUCCCACUGCCUCAGGGUUUCCUAGGAUCCGGUGUGGACUUCCCAGUAGGCAACGUAUCCUUCUUCCUCUUCUUCUCUGGACACGUCGGCGGUUCAAUGAUCGCGUCGCUCGACAUGAGGAGGAAGAAGAGGUACAACAUGGCGUGGACGUUCGACGUCCUUAACGUGUUCCAGUCGCUGAGGCUGCUGGCGACGAGGGGGCACUACACCGUCGAUUUGGCUGCAGGGCUUGGAGCCGGCUUCUUGUUUGAUGCGCUUGCUGGUAAGUAUGAAGAAAUCAAGAGAUGUCGCGGAAGCGAACAAGGAUAUUGUUGUAGCCAUAAGAGAUGUUGAUGCAUGUGGUUUGAUCACCUGUUGUGUAAUGUAACAGGCGGUGGGAGUAUUUGAUAAAAACAAAAUCUCGUGCUUUUGUUAAAUUCCUUGAUGAGCUAGUUUGGCUGAGAUCGAGCCACAUCAUUUAAACUUUCUAUCCAAGUUAUUAAUGCUAUUAUCAAUAGUUUUCAAAGGUUUAUGA